AUGGCACAAAAAAAGUCCGAGUCCUUCACCAUUAGGACGCCCUGCUCCUCCGCCAACAUUGGCCCCGGCUUCGACGUCAUCGGCCUCGCCCUCUCCAUCUACCUCGAACUCACCGUCACCAUUGACCGCUCCAAGACCAAGUCCGAAUACCCUCUCAACUGCCGCAUAACGUACGAGGGCGAGGGUGAGAACUCCGGGGACAUCUCGCUCGACCCCUCGAGCAAUCUCAUCACCCGCGUUGCCCUCUACGUGCUUAGGUGCCACGACCAGCGCGCCUUCCCCGUCGAGACCCAUGUACACAUCAAGAAUCCAAUUCCCCUCGGCCGUGGCCUAGGAAGCUCGGGCGCUGCUGUGGUAGCGGGUGCUAUUCUGGGAAAGGAGGUUGGCGGGCUCCAUCACCUUGACAACGAGAGGAUAUUUGACUUUGUCUUGAUGAUUGAGCGACACCCCGACAAUGUCGGCGCUGCGCUAUUCGGUGGCUUCGUCGGCACCUAUCUGAAGCCGCUCUGUGCCAAGGAUGUCGCGCGUGUCGAGAUCCCCCUCAGCGAGGUCCUCCCAGAGCCGGCCGGAGGUGUUGACACUGGAAAGCGACCUCCCGAGCCGCCGUUCGGCAUUGGCCAUCGCAUCAGCUUCCCCUGGGCCAAGGAGAUCAAGGCGAUAGCUAUCAUUCCCGACUUUUUCGUCGCCACCCACGAUGCCCGCUCAGUUCUUCCCAAGGAUUACUCUCGAGCCGAUGUCACAUUUAACCUCCAAAGGAUAGCCCUUCUCCCAGUCGCCCUCGGCCAGUCGCCACCCGACCCGGAACUCAUCUACCUCGCGAUGCAGGACAGGAUUCACCAGCCCUACCGAAGCACCCUCAUCCCCGGCCUCGGAGAGAUCGUCAGCUCAAUGUCUCCCUCCACGCAACCAGGCUUCCUCGGCUGCUGCCUAUCGGGAGCGGGCCCCACCAUUCUCGCCCUCGCCACGAGCAACUUUGAGGAAAUCGCCAACAAGAUCAUCUCGAUAUUAAAGAAGUCCAAUUCUAAGCCGGAUCUCGCCUGCCAAUGGCGCAUCCUCGAGCCUGCUAAGGGCACCGAAGUUAUUAGGUAA